UUCGGGUAAGCGACGAUUUUCGUGCUCGGGAGUGUUUUCCAAAUAAGUGAAAUCAAAACUUUGUUUGUGACUCGUGUAAACUUGUGUUGCUCUGUAAAAAAGCAGUGUGAAAGUUUAUUUUCAGUGUUGUGUGUGAAAAAUCGUCACGAUGAAUAAAACUUGCGCUCGUUGUGAAAAAACUGUUUAUCCAACUGAGGAGCUCAAAUGUUUGGACAAGGUGUGGCACAAAGGCUGCUUCAAAUGUCAAGAGUGCGGGAUGACCCUCAACAUGAGAACGUACAAGGGAUACGGGAAGCUGCCUUACUGUGAAGCGCACGUACCCAAAGCGAAGCCGACGACGAUGGCGGAGACACCAGAGCUGAAGCGGAUAGCGGAGAACACAAAGAUCCAGAGCAACGUCAAGUACCACGCUGACUUCGAGCGCAGCAAGGGGAAAUUCACACAGGUGGCAGACGACCCAGAAACGCUGAGGAUCAAAGCGAACACCAAGAUCAUCAGCAACGUAGCUUACCACGGCGACCUGGAGAAGAAGGCGCAGAUGGAGCGUCAGCGGCAGAUCAACGAGAACGGGGAACUAGUUGAUGUACCAUCAGAAAACUACCAUCAACAACUCGAAACUUACGCCACGGAGAUGCUACCGACCCCGGCACCGAACCUGCCCCCCAAGAACCACUACCAGACCCCAGUGACCCAGUACCAGAGCCGGCCGUACCGACAGGAGCAGUUCAAAGAACCGUAUCAGCAAAAGCCGGAACAAUAUCAGCAGAAACAAGACCCGUAUCAACAGAAACAAGACCCGUAUCAACAAAAGCAAGACCCGUAUCAACAAAAGCAAGACCCGUAUCAACAGAAACAAGACCCGUAUCAACAAAAGCAAGACCCGUAUCAGCCAAAACAAGAACCGUACCAACAGAAACAAGAAGUUUACCAGAAUAAACAAGAAAACUAUCAAACGAAACCCGAACAGUAUCAGAAGCAAGAAUAUUCAGAACAGUAUUACAGACAACAGAAAUACGAGGAGUAUUACAAUCAGUAUCCGAAAUACGACGAGUAUCAAAAUCAAAAUCAGAAUCAAAAUCAACACCAGCAUCCGAAUCAAAAUCAAAAUAUAAAUCAGAAUCAAUAUGCUUACGGGCAGUAUACGCAGCAAAAUUACGGGGUUGGUAGUCAACAGAAGAUAGGCAGGAUCCAGGAUUACGACCCCCUUAGUGACGGGCCGCGUGCGCCGCCUAACACGCAGAGAGCAUCAGCCACACUCAUUUACAACAGCACUAGUGAUGCUAAAAGAGGUUCCCAUCAAGUUCAACAGCAGCAGAGUCGACAAAUAGGUCGCGUGGCGGACCUGGACCCGCUGGCCACUGAGCAGUCACGUGUCUCCAACCACCAUCAGCAGAACCAGCGAGUAUACAUCGCGAUGUACGACUACGAAGCGAAUGACAGCGAUGAAGUAUCAUUCCGCGAAGGCGACCUGAUCUCCAACGUGACGUCAAUCGACGAGGGCUGGAUGACUGGCCAAGUGUUGCGCACGCGCCGCACCGGCAUGCUGCCCGCCAACUACGUGGAGCUUGCGCCCGCGCAGACCAUGCACUAGCGAACGCUUGAGGCGAACCAACAUUAACAUAAGCUCACGACUAUGCCAAUUAGAGGUACAUCCAUCGCAAGAUGAACUAAGUACCCACACCUCACUGAGCUUUCUGUUAAACAAUUCACGUAAAAAAAAAUAUGCAUGAAUUUCGAGUCCUGACUUACUGAUUGACCUGGUAGGAUAUCGAACCCCGGCCCUCUAGCACAAGACGGCUAUUAUUUCACCACUGAUUUGACUUAAACUUGAUGGUCGUACAUAACAUAGAGUUAAUAUUACCGUUUACCGCCUGACUUAAAACUAGAAAUAAUUGUAUUCGUAACCCAUACAUAAAGUUCACGCUUAUUUCCCUCUGCGAUAGGCAGAGGUAACGGAAUUCACAGAGAGUUAGUUAUCAGGACAAUACGGUAAGGCGAUGAAUAGUAAUAUCAACUCUAUAUUAUGUACUGCCGUCAAGUUUAGCCAUCAAAUAUCCUACUCAAAUUUUGGGCCUGUCCUUAACCAAUAUAUUUUUAUUUUUAGCAAACAUAGCAUGCUAGUUUAGCAAGAGCCUUCACAAGUCUUGCCUUAAAAAUGUUGGCAAUAACAUAAAGAUAAAAAAAAAAUAUUGUGUAUAAAUAACAUACAU